CGUCGCGCCAUGAAGUUUCGGGCUAAGCUCGUGGAUGCGGCCUGUCUGAACAACUUCACGCGAGUCAGUAACAUGAUAGCCAAGCUUGCCAAAACCUGCACUCUGCGUAUCAGCCCGGAGAAGUUGAACUUCGUCCUCUCUGACAAGGUGGCCAAUGGAGGGGUGAGCAUGUGGUGUGAGCUGGAGCAGGAGAACUUCUUCAGCGAAUUUCAAAUGGAAGGUGUCUCCGCAGAAAACAAUGCGAUUUAUUUAGAGCUAACAUCGGAAAAUUUAUCUCGAGCCUUGAAAACUGCCCAGAAUGCCCGAACCUUGAAAAUCAAGCUGACUAAUAAACAUUUUCCCUGCCUCACAGUUUCUAUAGAGCUGUUAUCUGUGUCAAGCAGUAGUCGUGUUGUGACACAUGACAUCCCUGUAAAGGUUAUUCCUAGAAAACUGUGGAAGGACUUGCAAGAACCGACGGUCCCAGACGCUGAUGUUAGUAUUUAUUUACCAGUCCUGAAGACUAUGAAGAGCAUUGUGGAGAAGAUGAAAAACAUCAGCAAUCACCUUAUUAUUGAAGCAAAUCUAAAUGGAGAAUUGAACUUGAAAAUAGAAACUGAACUAGUGUGUGUUACAACUCAUUUUAAAGAUCUUGAAAAUCCUCCAUUAGCUUCUGAAAAUGCUUCUCAAGAUAGAAACUCAGAACAAAUGGCUGAAGUGCACAUAGACAUUAGGAAGCUCCUACAGUUCCUUGCUGGACAACAAGUAAAUCCUACAAAGGCCACAUGCAAUAUUGUGAAGAACAAGAUUGUUCAUUUUGACCUGCUCCAUGAAGACGUCUCUCUGCAGUAUUUCAUCCCAGCGUUGUCAUAACCCCACCUAUGGGAUCAGGGAGCUCAGGGACCUUGGUCUGGACCCGAAGAGGCCGUAGGGUGAUGUGUUCUAAGUCAUUUGUCU